AUGUCGGAGAAUGAAAGCUAUGCUGGCAUUUACCUGCUGUUGCUCUUUAUGCAUGAUUUCAGCUAUGACUUCAUAAAUGCUUCCCAGAAUCCUGACGAUGAAGUGGUUCUGCAGUGCACUGCAACUGUUCACAAGGAACAACAGAAACUGUGUCUUGCUGCAGAAGGAUUUGGCAACAGACUCUGUUUUUUGGAAUCCACUUCAAAUUCUAAGAAUGUUCCACCAGAUCUCUCCAUUUGUACUUUUGUGCUGGAACAGUCCUUGUCAGUGCGGGCUCUUCAAGAAAUGCUGGCAAACACUGAAGAGAAAGCAGAAGGGCUAGUUGAUGUUGAAAAAUGGAAAUUUAUGAUGAAGACUGCACAAGGUGGGGGUCAUCGAACGCUCCUAUAUGGACAUGCAAUAUUACUGCGCCAUUCAUACAGUGGCAUGUACCUUUGUUGCCUCUCCACCUCUCGAUCAUCAAUGGAUAAAUUGGCAUUUGACGUGGGAUUGCAAGAAGACACAACAGGUGAGGCCUGCUGGUGGACCAUCCACCCUGCCUCCAAACAACGAUCAGAGGGAGAAAAAGUGCGUGUUGGAGAUGACCUCAUCUUAGUCAGCAUCUCCUCAGAAAGAUACUUGCAUUUAUCUUAUGGCAAUGGUAGCUUACAUGUUGAUGCAGCCUUCCAGCAGACACUUUGGAGUGUAGCACCAAUCAGUUCAGGAAGCGAAGUGGCCCAAGGGUAUCUGAUAGGAGGUGAUGUGCUGAGGUUAUUGCAUGGUCAUAUGGAUGAAUGCUUGACUGUUCCAUCAGGGGAGCAUGGAGAAGAACUGCGAAGAACUGUCCACUAUGAAGGUGGUGCUGUGUCGAUUCAUGCUCGUUCCCUCUGGCGACUAGAGACCCUAAGAGUUGCGUGGAGUGGAAGCCACAGCAGAUGGGGACAGCCAUUCAGACUAAGGCAUAUAACAACAGGGAAGUAUUUGAGCCUCCUGGAUGACAAGAGUCUCCUUCUCACAGACAAAGAGAAAGCUGAUGUGAAAUCUACAGCAUUUUGUUUUCGGUCUUCCAAGGAAAAAUUGGAUGUAGGGAUAAGAAAAGAAGUGGAUGGAAUGGGAGCACCUGAAAUAAAAUAUGGUGACUCUGUAUGCUAUAUACAACACGUAGACACGGGCCUGUGGCUCACAUACCAGUCUGUGGAUGCAAAGUCUGUAAGGAUGGGAUCAGUGCAGCGCAAGGCUAUAAUGCAUCAUGAAGGCCACAUGGAUGAUGGUUUGACAUUGUCCAGAUCUCAGCAUGAAGAGUCCCGUACAGCAAGAGUUAUCCGUAGUACAGUCUUCCUCUUCAACAGGUUUAUAAGGGGCCUUGAUGCUCUCAGCAAGAAAGCAAAGUCUUCCACGGUUGACUUGCCUAUUGAGUCAGUCAGCCUAAGCCUUCAGGACCUGAUUGGCUACUUUCACCCACCUGAUGAGCAUUUAGAGCAUGAAGACAAACAAAACAGGCUAAGAGCACUGAAAAAUCGACAGAAUCUCUUCCAGGAAGAGGGUAUGAUCAACCUUGUCCUCGAAUGUAUUGAUCGCUUACAUGUUUACAGCAGUGCAGCUCACUUUGCUGAUGUAGCUGGGAAGGAAGCAGGAGAGACCUGGAAAUCUAUUCUAAACUCUUUGUAUGAGUUAUUAGCGGCUCUGAUUAGAGGGAAUCGCAAGAACUGUGCUCAAUUUUCUGGUUCUCUUGACUGGCUGAUCAGCAGAUUAGAAAGACUAGAAGCCUCCUCUGGAAUUCUAGAGGUUUUGCACUGUGUGUUGGUGGAAAGCCCAGAAGCUCUAAACAUUAUUAAGGAAGGACAUAUUAAAUCAAUUAUAUGCCUUCUCGACAAACAUGGAAGAAACCAUAAGGUUUUAGAUGUCUUGUGCUCUCUCUGUGUAUGCCAUGGAGUAGCUGUGCGGUCCAACCAACAUUUAAUCUGUGACAACCUCCUACCAGGAAGAGAUCUUCUCCUACAGACACGCCUUGUCAACCAUGUGAGCAGCAUGAGACCCAACAUCUUCCUUGGGAUCAGUGAAGGCUCUGCCCAGUACAGAAAAUGGUACUACGAACUUAUGGUUGACCACAUGGAGCCUUUUGUAACAGCAGAAGCAACUCAUCUACGAGUGGGCUGGGCUUCAACUGAGGGCUAUUCACCGUACCCUGGAGGAGGCACAGAAUGGGGUGGAAAUGGUGUUGGCGAUGACCUCUAUUCUUAUGGAUUUGAUGGUCUUCAUCUGUGGUCAGGUUGUGUAGCCCGGACAGUAAAUUCUCCCAACCAGCAUCUGCUAAAAACUGAUGAUGUAGUCAGCUGCUGCUUAGAUCUGAGUGCCCCAAGCAUCUCAUUCCGGAUUAAUGGUCAGCCAGUUCAAGGAAUGUUUGAGAAUUUCAACAUAGAUGGGCUCUUCUUUCCAGUUGUCAGCUUCUCUGCAGGAAUAAAGGUACGUUUCCUACUUGGAGGCCGCCAUGGAGAAUUCAAAUUCCUUCCUCCACCUGGGUAUGCUCCUUGCUUUGAAGCUGUUCUGCCAAAAGAGAAGCUAAAAGUAGAACAGAGCCGAGAAUACAAACAAGACCGCAAUGGCACAAGAGACCUGUUGGGUCCAACCAUAUCUCUGUCACAAGCAGCCUUCACACCAAUUCCUGUAGAUACUAGUCAGAUUGUAUUACCUCCUCACCUGGAAAGAAUUAGAGAAAAAUUAGCGGAGAACAUCCAUGAACUUUGGGUCAUGAAUAAAAUUGAACUUGGAUGGCAGUAUGGCCCUGUGAGAGAUGACAACAAAAGACAGCACCCAUGCUUAGUGGAAUUUUCAAAGUUGCCAGAGCAGGAAAGAAAUUAUAAUUUACAAAUGUCGCUUGAGACACUGAAGACCCUUUUAGCAUUAGGUUGUCAUGUUGGAAUUGCAGAUGAACAUGCCGAAGAAAAAGUGAAAAAAGUUAAACUUCCUAAGAAUUACCAGUUGUCAAGUGGAUACAAGCCUACUCCCAUGGAUCUGAGCUUUAUCAAGCUGACCCCCUCUCAGGAAGCUAUGGUGGAUAAACUAGCAGAGAAUGCUCAUAAUGUGUGGGCGAGGGACCGUAUCAGGCAGGGUUGGACAUACGGUAUCCAGCAGGAUGUGAAGAAUCGACGGAACCCCCGCCUUGUCCCGUAUGCUCUUUUGGAUGAUCGUACCAAGAAAUCAAACAAAGAUAGCCUCCGGGAGGCAGUACGCACCCUUCUUGGGUAUGGUUACAACCUUGAAGCCCCUGAUCAAGAUCACGCUACAAGAUCAGAUGUGUGCAGUGGGAUAAUAGAAAAGUUCCGGAUCUUCCGCACAGAGAAAACCUAUGCAGUGAAGGCUGGCAAGUGGUAUUUUGAGUUUGAGGCAGCCACUGCGGGAGACAUGAGGGUUGGCUGGACCAGGCCAGGCUGCCUACCAGAUCAAGAACUUGGUGCAGAUGAACAAGCUUUUGUCUUUGAUGGUUUCAAGGCCCAGCGGUGGCACCAGGGAAAUGAGCAUUUUGGCCGCUCUUGGCUGGCGGGGGAUGUCGUGGGAUGCAUGGUUGACAUGAAUGAGCAUACCAUGAUGUUCACCUUGAAUGGUGAAAUCCUGCUUGAUGACUCUGGAUCAGAGCUUGCAUUCAAGGACUUCGAGGUUGGUGAUGGAUUUAUACCUGUGUGCAGCUUGGGUUUGUCUCAAGUGGGAAGAAUCAACUUUGGCAAAGAUGUCAGUACCUUGAAAUAUUUCACUAUCUGUGGCUUACAAGAAGGUUAUGAACCCUUUGCGGUUAAUACAAAUAGAGACAUUACCAUGUGGCUGAGCAAGAGACUUCCUCAGUUUCUACCAGUGCCGCCAAAUCACGAACACAUUGAGGUGAUGAGAAUAGAUGGCACCAUAGACAGCUGCCCCUGUCUGAAGGUCACACAGAAGUCCUUUGGUUCACAGAACAGCAAAACAGAUGUUAUGUUUUUUCGCCUGAGCAUGCCUAUCGAAUGUGCAGAAGUAUUCUCCAAAACACCUGCAGGAGGGUUACCAGGCUCUGGUCUUUUUGGCCCAAAGAAUGACUUGGAAGAUUAUGAUGCUGAUUCUGAUUUUGAAGUUCUGAUGAAGACUGCUCAUGGUCACCUGGUGCCUGAUCGGGUAGAAAGAGAAAAAGAAGCUGCAAAACCAGAAUUCAAUAACCAUAAAGAUUACACUCAAGAGAAACCUUCACGCCUUAAACAAAGGUUUAUGCUUAGAAGGACAAAGCCAGACUACAGUACAAGCCAUUCUGCACGGCUCACUGAGGAUGUCUUAGCAGAUGAUAGAGAUGAUUAUGAUUACUUGAUGCAGACUUCUACGUACUACUAUUCAGUGAGAAUAUUUCCUGGGCAAGAACCUGCAAAUGUCUGGGUGGGCUGGAUUACAUCUGACUUCCAUCAGUAUGAUACAACCUUUGACUUGGACAGAGUUCGCACUGUUACUGUUACACUGGGGGAUGAAAAGGGAAAGGUUCAUGAGAGCAUCAAACGCAGCAACUGCUAUAUGGUAUGCGCAGGAGAGAGCAUGAGCCCUGGACAAGGCCGCAACAAUAAUGGACUGGAGAUUGGUUGCUUGGUUGAUGCUGCCAGUGGUCUGGUGACCUUCACUGCUAAUGGCAAAGAACUUAGUACCUACUAUCAGGUUGAACCAAGUACUAAAUUAUUUCCUGCAGUGUUUGCACAAGCUACAAGUCCUAAUGUUUUCCAGUUUGAAUUGGGAAGAAUAAAGAAUGUAAUGCCACUGUCUGCUGGCUUGUUCAAAAGUGAACACAAAAACCCAGUGCCUCAGUGUCCCCCACGUCUCCAUGUCCAGUUUCUGACCCAUGUGCUGUGGAGCAGAGUACCAAAUCACUUCCUCAAGGUUGAUGUCUCUCGUGUCAGUGAACGUCAAGGCUGGAUGAUACAGUGCUUGGAUCCAUUGCAGUUUAUGGCUCUUCAUGUUCCAGAAGAAAACAGGUCUAUAGAUAUUUUAGAGUUGACAGAACAAGAGGAAUUGCUGAAAUUUCACUAUCAUGCUCUCCGAUUAUAUUCAGCUGUUUGUGCUUUAGGGAACAAUCGGGUAGCACAUGCUAUGUGCAGCCACGUGGAUGAAUCUCAGCUCCUGUAUGCCAUUGAGAAAAAAUAUAUGCCAGGCUUGUUACGUACAGGCUAUUAUGACUUACUUAUUGAUAUCCACCUCAACACCUAUGCCACUGCCAGAUUAAUGAUGAAUAAUGAAUUUAUUGUUCCGAUGACAGAUGAGACCAAGAGCAUUACUCUGUUUCCUGAUGAGAAUAAAAAACAUGGCCUCCCUGGUAUAGGGCUCAGCACCUCUCUGCGGCCUAGGAUGCAGUUCUCUUCUCCCAGCUUUGUAAGCAUUAGCAGUGAGUGCUAUCAAUUUAGCCCUGAAUUCCCUCUGGAAAUCUUAAAGGCCAAAACUAUUGAGAUGCUGACUGAAGCUGUUCAAGAGGGCAGCCUCCAUGUUAGAGAUCCAGUAGGGGGUUCUACAGAGUUUCUUUUUGUCCCGCUCAUCAAGCUUUUUUACACCCUGUUAAUCAUGGGAGUCUUCCAUAAUGGGGAUCUGAAGCACAUCUUGCAGUUGAUUGAGCCCAGUGUUUUCAAAGAAGACACAAGCCAAGAGGAUGAAAAUGAAAUGCCAGAGAAGGAGCUGACUACAGAGGAGCUAAAGCCAGAAGGAGGAGAGGAAGAAGCCAGAGGAGAGCAAGUGCCAAAGGAAGGGCUUCUUCAAAUGAAACUUCCUGAACCUGUAAAAUUGCAGAUGUGUCACUUAUUGCAAUAUCUGUGCGAUUGCCAAAUACGUCAUCGGAUAGAAGCCAUUGUAGCAUUUUCUGAUGAUUUUGUAGCUAAGCUUCAAGAAAAUCAGCGCUUUCGUUACAAUGAAGUUAUGCAAGCCUUAAACAUGUCUGCUGCACUGACAGCCAGGAAAACAAAAGAAUUUCGGUCUCCACCUCAAGAGCAGAUAAACAUGCUUCUGAACUUUAAGGAUGAUAAAAGUGAUUGUCCUUGCCCUGAGGAAAUUCAAGAUCAUCUUCUUGAUUUUCAUGAAGAUCUAAUGACACAUUGUGGAAUUGAACUAGAUGAAGAUGGAGCCCUGGAUGGAAAUAGUGAUUUAACCAUCAGAGGUCGUCUAUUAUACUUAGUUGAAAAAAUGACAUACUUGAAGAAGAAACAAACUGAGAAACCCACUGAUAAUCAUUCUAAAAAACCCUCCACUCUUCAACAACUGAUUUCAGACACAAUGGUACGCUGGGCCCAGGAGUCGGUAAUAGAGGAUCCUGAAUUAGUGAGGGCCAUGUUUGUUUUGCUGCAUCGCCAGUAUGAUGGUAUUGGUGGCCUGGUUCGAACCUUACCAAAGACCUACACCAUAAAUAGUGUAUCAGUAGAAGACACUAUCAACCUGCUAGCAUCGCUGGGCCAGAUCCGUUCUCUGCUCAGUGUCCGAAUGGGGAAAGAGGAAGAAAAGCUCAUGAUUCGCGGAUUAGGAGACAUCAUGAACAAUAAAGUGUUUUACCAACAUCCUAAUCUUAUGAGAGCGUUAGGAAUGCAUGAGACUGUUAUGGAAGUGAUGGUAAAUGUACUUGGAGGAGGAGAAUCCAAGGAAAUCACAUUUCCUAAGAUGGUGGCAAACUGCUGUCGUUUUCUAUGUUAUUUUUGCCGCAUCAGCAGGCAGAAUCAAAAAGCUAUGUUUGAUCAUCUUAGUUAUUUGCUGGAAAAUAGCAGUGUUGGACUUGCAUCCCCUUCUAUGCGAGGAUCAACCCCUCUAGAUGUUGCAGCAGCAUCUGUGAUGGAUAACAAUGAACUUGCACUAGCUUUAAGGGAACCUGAUUUGGAAAAGGUAGUUCGCUAUCUGGCUGGAUGUGGUUUGCAAAGCUGCCCUUUGUUGAUUUCUAAGGGCUAUCCAGACAUUGGAUGGAAUCCAGUUGAAGGAGAAAGAUAUCUGGAUUUUCUUCGGUUUGCUGUUUUUUGCAAUGGAGAGAGUGUUGAAGAGAAUGCUAAUGUUGUGGUCAGGCUGCUUAUUCGUCGCCCCGAGUGCUUUGGUCCAGCACUGAGAGGUGAAGGAGGCAAUGGUUUACUUGCUGCCAUGGAGGAAGCUAUAAAAAUAUCAGAAGAUCCUACCAGAGAUGGACCCUCCCCUAGUAAUGGAUCUUGUAAAACGCUUGAGAUGGAAGAACAAGAAGAUGACACAAUCCACAUGGGAAAUGCCAUCAUGACAUUUUAUGCUGCUUUGAUUGACCUCUUAGGACGCUGUGCCCCUGAAAUGCACCUAAUCCAUGCCGGCAAAGGGGAAGCUAUUAGGAUCAGGUCAAUACUGCGGUCUUUGAUUCCAUUGGAAGACUUGGUGGGUGUAAUUAGCAUUCCUUUCCACAUGCCAACAAUAGUGAAAGAUGGUACUGUGGUGGAACCUGACAUGUCUGCGGGGUUUUGCCCAGAUCACAAGGCAGCCAUGGUUUUGUUCCUUGACAGGGUCUAUGGCAUUGAGGAUCAGGAUUUCCUUCUGCAUCUGCUCGAAGUUGGCUUUCUGCCGGAUCUCCGUGCUGCUGCUUCCUUAGACACGGCUGCUCUGAGUGCUACCGACAUGGCUUUAGCUCUGAAUCGAUACCUUUGCACUGCAGUGUUGCCUUUGUUGACCAGAUGUGCUCCUCUUUUUGCUGGCACAGAGCACCAUGCUUCUCUUAUAGAUUCCUUAUUACAUACUGUAUACAGACUUUCAAAGGGCUGCUCUCUUACCAAAGCUCAGAGGGACUCCAUUGAAGAAUGUUUACUCUCCAUUUGUGGCCAGCUAAGGCCUUCCAUGAUGCAACACUUACUGAGGAGAUUAGUGUUUGAUGUUCCUCUACUAAAUGAGCAUGCAAAGAUGCCUCUUAAGUUGCUGACAAAUCAUUAUGAAAGAUGCUGGAAAUAUUAUUGUUUGCCAGGUGGAUGGGGCAACUUUGGUGCAGCCUCUGAAGAAGAACUUCAUUUAUCCAGAAAAUUGUUUUGGGGAAUUUUUGAUGCUCUGUCUCAAAAGAAGUAUGAACAAGAGCUAUUUAAACUGGCCUUGCCUUGCUUGAGUGCAGUUGCAGGGGCUCUACCACCAGACUACAUGGAAUCAAAUUAUGUCAGUAUGAUGGAAAAACAAUCUUCAAUGGAUUCAGAUGGGAAUUUUAACCCGCAACCUGUUGAUACAUCAAAUAUCACUAUUCCUGAGAAGCUAGAAUAUUUCAUUAAUAAAUAUGCAGAACAUUCACAUGAUAAAUGGUCCAUGGAAAAGUUCGCAAAUGGUUGGAUUUAUGGUGAAAUGUAUUCUGAGUCUGCAAAGGUGCAACCUUUAAUGAAACAAUACAAAUUACUAUCAGAAAAGGAGAAAGAAAUUUAUCGGUGGCCCAUCAAGGAGUCUUUGAAAACUAUGCUAGCUUGGGGAUGGCGAAUUGAAAGAACAAGAGAAGGAGACACUAUGGCUCUUUAUAACCGGACACGUCGCAUAUCUCAGACAAGUCAAGUUUCUGUGGACACUGCCCAUGGUUACAGCCCCCGAGCAAUUGACAUGAGCAAUGUAACUCUCUCCAGAGAUCUGCAUGCUAUGGCUGAGAUGAUGGCUGAGAACUAUCAUAACAUAUGGGCGAAGAAAAAGAAGAUGGAACUGGAAGCAAAAGUAGGAGGAGGCAACCAUCCUCUACUAGUUCCCUAUGAUACACUGACAGCCAAAGAGAAAGCAAAGGACAGAGAGAAAGCACAGGAUAUUCUGAAAUUUCUGCAGAUCAAUGGCUACGUUGUCUCCAGAGGAUUAAAGGAUCUGGAGUUAGACACCCCUUCCAUUGAGAAACGCUUUGCCUACAGUUUCCUUCAGCAGCUCAUAAGAUAUGUGGAUGAAGCACAUCAGUACAUACUGGAGUUUGAUGGUGGCAGCAGAGGCAAAGGAGAACACUUCCCUUAUGAGCAAGAAAUCAAAUUCUUUGCCAAAGUUGUACUCCCUUUAAUCGAUCAGUAUUUCAAAAACCAUCGCCUAUAUUUCCUAUCUGCAGCAAGCAGGCCUCUUAGCAGUGGUGGCCAUGCCUCUAACAAGGAGAAAGAAAUGGUGACAAGCCUGUUCUGCAAACUUGGAGUUCUUGUCAGGCAUAGGAUUUCACUGUUUGGAAAUGAUGCAACUUCAAUAGUCAACUGUCUUCACAUACUGGGUCAGACCUUGGAUGCAAGGACAGUGAUGAAAACUGGUCUGGAGUCUGUUAAAAUGGCACUGAGAGCAUUUUUGGAUAAUGCUGCAGAGGAUCUGGAGAAAACAAUGGAAAAUCUUAAGCAAGGCCAGUUUACACACACCAGAAACCAGCCAAAGGGAGUAACACAAAUCAUUAACUACACCACAGUGGCUCUCCUGCCAGUGCUCUCUUCAUUAUUUGAACACAUUGGACAGCAUCAAUUUGGGGAAGAUUUAAUAUUGGAAGAUGUUCAAGUAUCCUGUUACAGAAUAUUGGCCAGUUUAUAUGCUCUUGGAACUAGCAAGAGCAUCUAUGUGGAGCGGCAGCGGUCAGCACUAGGAGAAUGCUUAGCUGCUUUUGCUGGUGCCUUCCCUGUGGCUUUUUUGGAAACUCAUCUAAAUAAACAUAAUACAUAUUCUAUCUACAACACCAAAUGUGUAAGAGACCGAGCAGCCCUUGACUUGCCAGCUAGUGUGGAUGAAGUUUGUCCAAAUAUUCCUUCCCUGGAGAAGCUAAUGGAAGAAAUUGUGGAAUUGGCUGAGUCUGGUAUUCGGUACACCCAAAUGCCACAUAUUAUGGAAGUGAUACUGCCUAUGCUGUGUAGCUACAUGUCACAUUGGUGGGAGCAUGGGCCAGAAAAUAAUCCUGAAAAGGCUGAAAUGUGCUGCACAGGCUUGACAUCUGAGCACAUGAACACUCUGUUGGGCAAUAUACUGAAAAUCAUAUAUAACAACCUUGGUAUUGAUGAAGGAGCCUGGAUGAAGAGAUUAGCAGUGUUUUCCCAGCCGAUUAUAAGCAAAGCGAAGCCCCAGCUCUUAAAGACCCACUUUCUACCACUGAUGGAUAAACUGAAAAAGAAAGCAGCAAUGGUUAUAUCAGAUGAAGAACAUCUAAGAGCAGAAGGCAGAGGUGACAUGUCUGAGGCUGAACUGCUCAUCCUAGACGAGUUCACCACUUUGGCAAGGGACCUCUAUGCCUUCUACCCUUUGUUGAUCAGAUUUGUGGAUUAUAACAGGGCAAAAUGGCUGAAAGAACCGAACCCUGAAGCAGAGGAACUGUUCCGUAUGGUGGCUGAUGUAUUUAUUUACUGGUCAAAGUCCCAUAAUUUCAAAAGGGAAGAACAGAACUUUGUGGUACAGAAUGAAAUCAACAAUAUGUCUUUUCUUAUUACCGACACCAAAUCUAAGAUGUCCAAGGCAGCUGUUUCUGAUCAGGAGAGAAAGAAAAUGAAGCGAAAGGGCGAUCGCUAUUCUACGCAGACUUCUCUCAUUGUAGCAGCACUGAAGAGAUUACUGCCCAUUGGAUUAAAUAUUUGUGCACCUGGAGACCAGGAGUUAAUUGCACUGGCUAAAACCAGAUUCAGCAUGAAAGACACUGAGGAUGAAGUUCGGGAUAUUAUCCGUAGUAAUCUGCAUUUGCAGGGCAAGCUUGAGGAUCCUGCCAUUAGGUGGCAGAUGGCCCUUUACAAAGAUUUACCAAACAGGACGGAAAAUACCUCUGAUCCAGAGAAGACAGUGGAAAGAGUUCUUGAUAUAGCUAAUGUACUUUUUCACCUGGAACAGGUGGAGCAUCCUCAGAGGUCCAAAAAGGCAGUGUGGCACAAAUUGCUGUCCAAACAGAGAAAGAGAGCUGUAGUAGCCUGCUUUAGAAUGGCACCAUUAUAUAAUCUGCCAAGGCAUCGAGCUGUCAAUCUUUUUCUUCAAGGUUAUGAAAAGUCUUGGAUUGAAACAGAAGAGCAUUACUUUGAAGAUAAACUGAUAGAAGACUUAGCAAGACCUGGAGAGGAGCCACCAGAGGAAGAGGAAAGCAUUAAAAGAGUCGAUCCUCUUCAUCAGCUCAUCCUACUAUUCAGUCGAACAGCCUUAACUGAAAAAUGCAAAUUGGAAGAAGAUUUCCUAUAUAUGGCUUAUGCUGAUAUUAUGGCUAAGAGCUGUCAUGAUGAAGAGGAUGAUGAUGGUGAAGAAGAAGUAAAGAGUUUUGAAGUCACAGGAUCCCAACGCAGCAAGGAAAAGGAAAUGGAAAAGCAAAAACUUCUGUACCAGCAAGCCAGACUGCAUGAUCGGGGUGCUGCGGAGAUGGUACUUCAGACUAUCAGUGCCAGCAAAGGUGAGAUGGGUCCAAUGGUUGCAGCUACUCUAAAGCUUGGAAUUGCCAUCUUAAAUGGAGGAAACUCUACAGUUCAGCAGAAAAUGCUGGACUACCUUAAGGACAAAAAGGAUGUGGGUUUCUUUCAGAGCCUUGCUGGUCUUAUGCAGUCUUGCAGUGUUCUUGACUUAAAUGCUUUUGAACGUCAGAACAAAGCAGAGGGCCUCGGCAUGGUGACAGAAGAGGGAUCAGGAGAAAAGGUGAUGCAAGAUGAUGAAUUCACCUGUGACCUUUUCCGCUUUCUCCAAUUGCUUUGUGAAGGACACAAUUCAGAUUUUCAGAAUUAUUUGAGAACUCAGACUGGCAACAACACAACUGUCAAUAUUAUCAUCUCUACUGUGGACUACUUACUGAGAGUUCAGGAAUCGAUUAGUGAUUUCUACUGGUAUUAUUCUGGGAAGGAUGUUAUUGAUGAGCAAGGACAACGUAAUUUCUCCAAAGCAAUUCAAGUUGCAAAACAGGUCUUUAAUACUCUCACAGAGUAUAUUCAGGGUCCAUGCACUGGGAAUCAGCAGAGUCUGGCGCACAGCAGGCUGUGGGAUGCAGUGGUUGGUUUUCUUCAUGUAUUUGCCCACAUGCAGAUGAAAUUAUCUCAGGACUCCAGUCAAAUUGAAUUAUUGAAAGAGUUAAUGGAUCUGCAGAAAGAUAUGGUGGUCAUGCUGCUGUCUAUGCUGGAAGGUAAUGUUGUGAAUGGAACUAUCGGCAAGCAAAUGGUUGACAUGUUGGUAGAAUCGUCCAACAACGUAGAGAUGAUUCUGAAGUUUUUUGAUAUGUUCUUAAAACUGAAAGAUUUAACUUCUUCUGAUGCAUUCAAGGAAUAUGACCCUGAUGGCAAAGGUGUAAUUUCAAAGAGGGACUUUCAAAAGGCAAUGGAAAGCCAUAAGCAUUACACCCAAUCUGAAACAGAGUUUCUGCUCUCUUGUGCUGAGCCAGAUGAGAAUGAGACUCUGGACUAUGAAGAAUUUGUGAAACGGUUCCACGAACCUGCUAAAGACAUUGGUUUCAAUGUUGCUGUUCUCUUAACAAACCUGUCAGAGCACAUGCCCCAUGACACUCGCUUGCAGACUUUCCUUGAGCUAGCAGAGAGUGUUCUGAAUUAUUUUCAGCCCUUUCUUGGGCGCAUAGAAAUCAUGGGCAGUGCAAAGCGCAUUGAGCGAGUUUAUUUUGAAAUAAGUGAGUCAAGUCGGACUCAGUGGGAGAAACCUCAGGUUAAAGAGUCAAAGCGACAGUUUAUAUUUGAUGUAGUUAAUGAAGGUGGAGAGAAAGAAAAGAUGGAGCUUUUUGUUAAUUUCUGUGAGGAUACCAUCUUUGAAAUGCAGUUGGCUGCUCAGAUCUCUGAAUCAGAUUUGAGUGAGAGAUCAGCAAAUAAAGAAGAGAAUGAGAAAGAUAAGCUGGAGGAACAGGACCCUAGAAUGGGCUUUUUCUCCCUUGUGACUGUAAAGUCAGCUUUAGUAGCCUUCAAGUAUAACAUAAUGACUCUUAUGAAAAUGCUCAGUGUGAAGAGUCUAAAGAAGCAGAUGAAGAAGAUGAAGAAAAUGACCAUGAAGGAUAUGGUUAUGGCUUUGUUUUCUUCCUACUGGAGUAUUUUGAUGGGCUUACUCCAUUUCACAUCUAGUGUUUUCCGGGGCUUCUUUCGCAUCAUGUACAGUUUAUUACUUGGUGGAAGCCUAGUAGAAGGGGCUAAGAAGAUCAAGGUGGCUGAACUUUUAGCUAAUAUGCCAGAUCCCACUCAGGAUGAAGUGCGUGGGGAAGGGGAAGAAGGAGAGAGGAAACCCACAGAAACUGCACUGCCUGCAGAAGAUCUGACAGAUCUAACAGCUUUGUCAGAUGAUGGUGACCUACUCUCAGACAUAUUUGGCUUGGACUUGAAAAGAGAAGGAGGCCAGUAUAAGUUGAUCCCUCACAACCCAAAUGCUGGUCUGAGUGAUUUAUUGAGCACUCCUUCAUUGCUCCCAUUACCUGAGGUGCAAGAAAAAGUCCAGGAGCAGAAGGUGAAAGAAGAUGAAAAGGAUGAGAAGGAAGAAACUAAAUCUGAACCUGAAAAAGCAGAGGGUGAAGAUGGAGAAAAGGAAGAGAAAACUAAAGAUGAAAAAGGGAAACAGAAGUUGAGACAGCUUCAUACACACAGAUACGGAGAACCAGAAGUUCAAGAAUCAGCCUUUUGGAAGAAAAUCAUAGCGUAUCAACAGAAACUUCUUAACUAUUUUGCUCGUAAUUUUUAUAACAUGAGGAUGUUGGCUUUGUUUGUUGCUUUUGCCAUCAACUUCAUCUUGCUCUUCUAUAAGGUCUCCACAUCUUCCGUGACAGAAGAAAAGGAAGUUCAUGUGGUUCAUGCUGGUGAAAACUCCAAAUUAAACAGCCUAGAAAGUGGCUCUCAUAGGAUUAUCACGGUGCACUAUGUGCUUGAAGAAAGCAGUGGGUAUAUGGAGCCCACGCUGCGGAUCUUGGCUAUCCUACACACUGUCAUCUCCUUUUUCUGCAUCAUUGGAUACUACUGUUUGAAAGUUCCACUGGUUAUUUUUAAGCGAGAAAAAGAAGUUGCAAGGAAAUUAGAAUUCGAUGGUUUAUAUAUUACAGAACAACCAUCAGAAGAUGAUAUUAAAGGGCAGUGGGAUAGACUUGUUAUCAAUACACAGUCAUUUCCUAACAACUAUUGGGACAAAUUUGUUAAAAGAAAGGUUAUGGAUAAGUAUGGUGAGUUUUAUGGCCGUGACAGAAUCAGCGAGUUGCUAGGAAUGGACAAAGCUGCUCUGGAUUUUAGUGAUGCCAGAGAAAAAAAGAAACCAAAGAAAGAUAGCUCCUUAUCUGCUGUGCUAAAUUCCAUUGACGUGAAGUAUCAGAUGUGGAAAUUGGGAGUUGUUUUCACUGACAAUUCUUUCCUUUAUCUAGCCUGGUACAUGACCAUGUCAGUCCUAGGCCAUUACAACAAUUUUUUCUUUGCUGCUCAUCUCCUUGAUAUUGCAAUGGGAUUCAAGACACUACGAACUAUCCUUUCAUCAGUGACCCACAAUGGCAAACAGCUUGUCUUAACAGUGGGAUUAUUGGCAGUAGUAGUAUACUUGUACACAGUAGUAGCAUUCAAUUUUUUCCGUAAAUUCUACAACAAGAGUGAAGAUGGAGAUAUGCCAGAUAUGAAAUGUGAUGAUAUGCUAACAUGCUACAUGUUUCACAUGUAUGUUGGAGUGCGUGCAGGUGGAGGAAUUGGUGAUGAAAUUGAGGAUCCAGCAGGAGAUGAAUAUGAAAUCUAUCGGAUCAUCUUUGACAUCACUUUCUUCUUCUUUGUAAUUGUCAUCUUGCUAGCCAUCAUACAAGGUUUAAUAAUUGAUGCUUUUGGGGAGUUGAGAGACCAACAAGAGCAAGUUAAAGAAGACAUGGAGACCAAAUGCUUUAUUUGUGGGAUAGGAAAUGACUACUUUGAUACAGUGCCGCAUGGCUUUGAAACACACACGCUACAGGAGCACAACUUGGCCAACUAUCUGUUUUUUCUGAUGUAUCUCAUUAACAAAGAUGAAACAGAGCACACGGGACAGGAAUCCUAUGUAUGGAAAAUGUAUCAAGAACGGUGCUGGGAGUUUUUCCCUGCUGGCGAUUGCUUCCGAAAACAGUAUGAAGAUCAGCUCAACUGAGAACAGAUGAGGAUGUGCACUUGAAAAUACAUCCAUGCAUUUUCCAACUCCUUUGGGAAUGUUUAGCAGACUUCUUAAAUCACAGAAGCUGUGUGCUUUUUGGAGCACCAAUGCUCUCUUCUCAAUGAUUUGACUGUGCUUUUAGUUUUUUGUGUAUAUGCUUUGAGAACACAGGAGUAAAGAACAAUGACAAUUUAAAACAGAAACUCUGGAAAAAAAAACC